AUAAUUCGAAUACAAAUAUAUAUAUAAUAAAUUCGUUAAUCUGUAUCCAUAAAUUAACCGUACUAAUUGCGUUAAUAUUUUAACGUUCUGAUUAGGUGUAACAGAAUGAAUUUUCUCUUGUGCCUAUCGUAAACUUCGUGAUUCCUUCGAAAAUAUAUUCAUCGAAUUAUACGAGUUUCAAACAAAUCACCUGGUACCAAAGGUCGUACGAUACAAAAGCAUUGAAAUUGGCUAAUAGUUAUUAAUUUGAUCGUUUGAUCUUGCGUGGUAAUAAUGAUUACAGCAGAUUAAGUGCCAAAAAUCCACCUCUCCUCCUUCUGUCCUCUCCCUAGGUUGUUACUUCGCCGUUGUUCCUACGGAGAGGGGCAUUCUUCUUUUACUUAAGGGGUAGACCGGUGGGAAGGUAAGGAAAAUCUUAUAAGCUAAAAUAAAAGCGAAACAAGGCAAAGUCCGCGGGAGUAUUUUUUUCAGUCUGAAGAACUGCUUCAGUGGAGUGGCUAUCGUAUCACAGGUCUUAAUUUUGAAAGACUCGAAAAAAUAUGUGGGCAGAUGAAGAACCAGCGCCAUGGGAUAUCGAAGAGACUCCAGAGGAGCAACCUGAAGAAGCGCCAGCAGAGGGAGCUCCGGCAGCCGAAGCUGCCGCACCCGGAGAGAAACCAAAGAUCAAAUUAGAGAAAAUUGAACCACCGCAUUAUAAUCAUCAUUGGGUUCGUCCCCUCUUCCUUAAUUACGCCUAUCUUUAUGAAUAUAGAAAAAAUUAUUACGAUGACGUGAUUAAUUAUCUGAACAAAAGGCAGAAAGGUUUGUUCCGAGAACCUCCUAGAGCACAGGAGUGGGCCGAACGAGCAAUGAGGACUUACGACGAGAAGAACGUCGAUAAGAGUGUGAAGCGAUCCGCAGAUCUAAAAUAUAUAAUUAACAUGAGACACGAACCUAGAUAUUACAGUUAUCAUACUCGAGCAUAUUACAGCUUGAAGUAUCAGAAAAUUUUGUAAAAAUUUAUUUUCUAAUGACGAAACAAUUAAUGUAUACAAUUUAUUACGCGAUGCAUUGGCAGAAUUGGCUUAAAUGAGUUGCAAAGUUAUAGUGAUUUUCGUGAUAUCGUUUACAUUUAUAAAGGAAAAAUUUGUAUCGAUCGAUCAAGAUAUUAUUCGUUCAAGAUAUUUUUCAAAAACUGAGCUUUUUUUUUUAAAUAGAAAUACGUAUUUCUUAUUUGUUCUUUAAAUAAAAAAUAUAUAUAUUUUAUAGAAAGUUCAAAUUUUUCUCUCAAAUACUUGUACUCAAAGACUGUAUUGUUUAAGUAAAUAGACUAUAUUAAGUAA